CAAACCCUGAUUCAGUCACUGUUGUGGAGUUAUCGAAGAACGGUCAUCAAAAUGGAGCUUAGAUUCCAGCCGACGAUGAUAGUAGCAGUCUUUCUGCUGACACUCGGAGCAGGGCGUAUUCUAGGUGAAAAUAUAUUUGAAGGCAGCCAACAGGAAGUUAAUGUAAAGUCAUUCUUGUCGGAAAUUUGUGAUCUCGAUUUGAACUUGUCGUUGAUGACUGUCAUUGUGAAAUCGUUCAGUGUUGAACAUAUUGAUCGUAACUUCGAGCAUGUUUGCUCGGAAGGGGUUCGUGGGUUGUUAAUCUGGAUUACUGCAGAGAAUUUCGCUAACAUUCCGGAUGUUGAUACCAACCUCAAAUAUGUCGGACGAGCGACAUCGUCGGAUGAUUCGUCUGGCUACUGUAUAUAUCAUCCGAUCAAUGGCACUUGCACCAGUGAACAAGGAGAGAAAAACUCUUUUGUGAUUCUCGGCGAAAAGUAUCCUGAACGAUAUGAACUGCGCGAAGUGGUGUACAAGAAAUGGACUAACUCAACGGUUCUGGGAUCACCAGUACUAGCCUACGCCACACUGAAAAACCGUGAUUCAUCGUACAAAUACAUCGACCAAGACAUUUCUUAUCUCUCCGAUACUCGCAUUGAGUAUCGGUUACCAGUAACGGUGGCAACCGGACUUCCACUGUCCGUUUACCGCGGUAAGAUCGAAACCUUCAAAGCACGUUCCGGCGAAACACACUACAGCAGAAUCUUUCAGACAAUUAACGCAGCUCGAUACAUGAGUCCCAACACGUUCGUGAACGUCACCGUAGUUGGCACCGAACAGAAAGCCUAUCGUGAGUUUCGAGCCAAGCUGGUCACAGUAUACACUGAUGAGGGAAGUUACGGUUGGGCUAGAAUAGUGACAUCUAUUGAAGGCUCGUCUGUAGAAACAUCUCUUGCGGAUACCACGCUUGAAUACAGCGCCGUAAUGAAGUUGGAAGAUGAAUCUCCGGAACUCAAGAAACCAACUCUCGACAACCCACACACCGAUCACCGAUAUCCGGGACAACCGAUCAUGAGCAAAACGGAGAACAUUCAUAUUCACAUCAACGAAAAGGAGCGCGGUCAAGUUUAUCCCGAAUUCCGACAGUACGCCAUCAUUGCGGGAGUUAUUUUGUUUUCGGUACUAGCAAUUGCCCUGUUGGACAUUACUCGACAAGUCAUCAGAAAUCGUCGUGCUAGAAAAUUGCACAUAGGAAAGUACAAAUACGCCAACGCUAGUUAGCAAAACAAAGGCUUCAGUGCUUUCUUUCGUGAAACAACCCACUAGUAACUACUCUUUGUAGCUAAGAUCCUAAUUUAUUAUUGCCAUUUGUUAAUCAAAAUUUCACUCUUAGAAAAUAAA